AUGGACGUCCUCCGUCCUCCUUCUAGUGCUACAUCAUCCAUACCUCGACCUGCCCCAUUAAUGCUCAGUAAUGCAUCUAUGGUUGCAGAUCACACACCUUGUACACUUCACCCUUCCAUCCUACCCCCCGAACUUGCGUGCGAAUUAUUCUAUACUAUGCUACACGAAGCGCAGGAUUGGAAGAGAAACCAGUGGUGGCUUUUCGAACGAUUGGUAGAGAGUCCUCAUCGCACCUCCUUCUACGCGAGAACCGCAGAGGGAACUGACGGACUAGAUCGCGCCUGUCUUGAAGCAGCACGUUUCUGGUAUAAUGGACGAGAAACGGACCCGCCCAAAGCAUUUCCUUCGCCUAUGGAAAGAGCUUGCGCCAUUAUCGAGCGUGUUGUGAAUGCCGAGAUGCACAAACGAAAACGCUUUCCUCUCGAAUGGGGAGGUCUUCCUACAAAUACCAACGGUGAACAAAUCAUAUGGAGGGCUAAUUUCGCGGCAUCGAAUUGCUAUGAAGGCGCCAAGGAGAGCGUAGGACCACAUUCAGAUCGCCUGACAACUCUAGGUCCGUAUCCUACCAUUGCAAGCUUGAGUCUAGGAACACCCAGGGUAUUUCGUCUUCGUGAAGUAAUCCCACUCGACGAAAUAGACAAACGGGCCGCGAGAACAUACAAUAUACCGUUACCUCAUAACUCACUCAUCAUUAUGCACGCAUCGACUCAAGAGCGCUUCAAACACUCUAUUCCUCCACAGCCUGCCCUGGAUCGCUUCCAUCCUGCUUUUCCACCCCCUCCCGUAUUGCCACCCCUGACAUCUAACCCGUCCAACUGCCGGAUCAAUAUUACUUUCCGCUUCUAUCGACCUGACUUUCACCCAGACAGCAUCCCUAAAUGCAAAUGCGGUGUUCCAAUGGGGCUUAGACCGGACAUGAAGAAGCACCAGAGAGGGCAAGGUAAUGGGAAAGAUACUGCGGAGGCGAGGGAUCACGGGGAGUUCAAAUACUGGUGGAUGUGCACGGCUCACGAGCAAAACGAUGGGAAGGGCUGUGGAUUGUGGAAGGCCAUGGACGUAAAAUUGGAGGGCAGAGGGCCUUUUGCGAAAGACCUCUGA